AUGACGGUGAAAACCAGGUGUCAGCGUCGAGCCCCCUUUCUUCAUCGCAACUGGAUCAAAGGCACCAGAGCCUUGAAGGACUCUGCAGCUAUGGGCAACAUAGUAUCUUCACCAAUUCAUAAAGGAUCACAUCAAAUCGACCAUGAAAGGGGCCCGCCGUUGAAAAGGCGACGAGUUUCAACGCCCGACUCGUUUCCUGUUGACCAUCUCAUUGCCUCUCCACAGACUUCAGAUUCCAAAUCUGCCCUCCGUGUUGAGGUUCUCAAGAUUUCCCAUAAGGAUUCAAAAAAGGUCAGAUCUUAUCACGGCCAAGCUCACCCCCACGAGGUUACGCACACCAAAGCUAGCUGCAGGAUCACCAUCUCUGAACUAACUUCUGGCUUCCGCCCCCGAGUUGUUCACUGCCAGAACCAGAUUUGCGGCUUGACAACGUAUAAAAAUCCUGCUGGCCCUCACCGCGUCGCUCGUAUCGACUUGCCCAAGCCCUUCUACAUCCCCCAGGAAAGUAUCCUGGUCAACCGAGUGGAUGAUGACAAAUUCGACUUGGCAGACUCCUACGACAUUGUAGUCGAAUUAGAAGCUGCCCACGGCGAAAAAUGGCCGCCGCUGGACUCGACUGAUUUCGGCAUUCCGCCCAUGUCUCCUGAGGUCUCUCCCGUCUCCAGCAAAUCAUGGGUCUUGUCGAGCCGCUUUGACAAGCUUUUUGGUAGGCUCAAGGGUCCUGUGUCCUUAUCUGCAGGAUAUUCGGAGAAUGAGCCUCCCUUCUGCACCGAUUAUGUCAUGGAUGUUGACCUACGCUGGGCAGCCGGCUACAAAGCGUUGAAGCUCCUGGAGAAGGGAUCGAUGCCCUGCAUCAACGCUAUUGGUCCUGACACAGACUUGAUGGACGAUCUAUUCGCUCCAUCCAUGAACAGAAGGGUCAAUGGCAUCAAUGGUCAUCACGUAGAUGAGUCCUCCGCCGAAGUUGACGAAGAGGGCCUGGACGGCCCGGAAGGGGCACAAACUCCCUCGAGGUCUUUGAGAACUCGUGAAAAGAACAAGGUGUAUAACUUGAAGGUUCUGAGUGACCAAGCUCAGGGCAGAGAGAAGAAACGUCGCGCGCGGGCUAAUCACCUCACGGCGAAUGAAGGCCGCGUUAGCUAUCUCCUACCUUCUGACCAACCUGUCUGCCUAGACUAUUACCGCUGCGUGAGUUGUGGAGCCUAUCACCAAACUAUGCAGCAGCUACAGGCACAUCUACAGACUUUCCACCCCGCGUAUAACUAUGUGCUCGAAACGACGAGUCAGGGGCCGCAGUUCCGAGUCUCUAGUCGAUGCGAGGCUAUGGCUUCUCCCCUCAAGGAGUAUGAGAUAAAACCCCCCGUUAAACCAUUCAACCUCGAGACAUAUCUUGUUGGCGACCAGUCGUGGAUCUCAUCUCGGCUUGGAUCGGAUACUAUUGACGAUGUCUUCACGUUUUCAAAGGACAAGAACACCUUUGACAGGCUCCCUUCCCAGUCGCCAGUAGCCACACAACCAAAAUUUGGACAACGGCGCUUAGGGGGCCAUCAAAACGAAAAGAUCCUGGUGCCAAAUAUUAAGCAGGCCCUAUUCGAUCCUAUCAGCAGAGCGCGAUUAACUCCUGGCCAGGAGGUACCAAAGAGGAUACUAGACAACACAUGGCUGAUCCAAAAGCACCGAGAAAGCACGAGCGACUUUUCUGAUGUUACUCCCGCGGAAAAGGAGUAUAUCUGGGAGUGGGACGGCUAUAUCCUUCGCCAAAGCCUCACGUCUGCUGCCUAUUUUCCCCGAGCUUGGUUGGGCUUUGUUCGAGAAAAGGCAUCCUGGCUUGUUGCCGCUGAACAGCGUUUAUUGGAGUUUGGUAAACAUCUUAGCUUGCUUCGAGUUCGCGAUAUGCUUGAAGACAAAGUUAUACGCGAAGCCUUUUCCUAUAUUAACGAAGCUAGAGCGAGGGUACAGCGAAAUGGCAAUAGUGAAGGGAGUGGUAUGCAGGCCGAGGAAGUAGAUCCAAAGCAGUCUCCGAGGGCUACCCAAAUCCGCAAAGGUACAAAUGGCUGUACCGUCUGCCAGCUGCCCGUGCUGGGGCCCAGAAUGCUGGUCUGCGCAAACAAGCUCUGCCCUCACAGAUUAUACCACUCAGACUGUAUACGGCGAGAAGCGGUUGUAUCUGUUGAUAAAAAACAAGGCUGGCUCUGCAAUGCGUGUUUCGCGAGCAAAUCGAAUUAG